GCCAUUCAUCCAGCUCUGCUCAGCAGCCCAGCUGCCGUGUCUGCCGGGAGGGGCUGCCAAGUGCCCUGCCUACUGGCUGCUUCCUGAGUCCCUGCCAUUCCACACACAAACACAGCCACACACGCUCUGCCUUGAUCACACACCGAGCCACUUGAACAUGCGAGCAUAUUCCUUCCUCCCUUCUUGCAGUCUCGGCCUUUGACUUCUACAAGCCUAUGGAACAUUUCUGGAAAGACGCUCUUGAUCCAGCAGGGUGGCCUGUCGGCUGCUAAGCCCUCUGCCGCCCAGGGAGACAGUCUGCGCCUUGCCCCGCGGCCACUGACCAUGACCAUGACCCUCCACACCAAAGCAUCAGGAAUGGCCUUGCUGCACCAGAUCCAAGGGAGCGAGCUGGAGCCCCUCAACCGCCCGCAGCUCAAGAUGCCCUUGGAGCGGCCCCUGGGCGAGGUGUACGUGGACGGCAGCAAGCCCGCCGUGUUCAACUACCCCGAGGGCGCCGCGUACGAGUUCAACGCCGCCGCCGCCUCCGCGCCGGUCUACGGCCAGUCGGGCAUCGCUUACGGUCCCGGGUCCGAGGCGGCGGCGUUCGGCGCCAACAGCCUGGGGGGCUUCCCCCAGCUCAACAGCGUGUCUCCGAGCCCGCUGAUGCUGCUGCACCCGCCGCCGCAGCUCUCGCCCUUCCUGCACCCCCACGGCCAGCAGGUGCCCUACUACCUGGAGAACGAGCCCAGCGCCUACGCGGUGCGCGAGGCCGGUCCGCCCGCCUUCUACAGGCCAAAUUCAGAUAAUCGCCGCCAGAGUGGCAGAGAGAGACUGACCAAUAACAGUGACAAGGGAAACCUGGCCCUGGAAUCUGCCAAGGAGACUCGAUAUUGUGCGGUAUGCAAUGACUACGCCUCUGGCUACCACUACGGAGUCUGGUCCUGUGAGGGCUGUAAGGCUUUCUUCAAGAGAAGUAUUCAAGGGCAUAAUGACUACAUGUGUCCAGCGACCAACCAGUGCACCAUUGAUAAAAACAGGAGGAAGAGCUGCCAGGCCUGCCGGCUCCGCAAAUGCUAUGAAGUGGGAAUGAUGAAAGGUGGGAUAAGGAAAGACCGAAGAGGAGGAAGAAUGUUAAAACACAAGCGCCAAAGAGAUGAUGGGGAAGGCAGAAGUGAAAUAGGAUCCUCUGGAGAAAUGAGAGCUGCCAACCUUUGGCCAAGUCCCAUUGUUAUUAAGCACACCAAGAAGAACAGCCCUGCCUUGUCCUUGACAGCUGAUCAGAUGGUCAGUGCCUUGCUGGAUGCUGAGCCCCCCAUAAUCUACUCUGAGUACGAUCCUACCAGACCCUUCAGUGAGGCUUCCAUGAUGGGCUUGCUGACAAACCUGGCAGACAGGGAGCUGGUUCACAUGAUCAACUGGGCAAAAAGGGUGCCAGGCUUUGGGGAUUUGAACCUUCAUGAUCAGGUCCAUCUUCUUGAAUGUGCCUGGCUAGAGAUCCUAAUGAUUGGUCUUGUCUGGCGCUCCAUGGAGCACCCAGGGAAGCUCCUGUUUGCUCCCAACUUGCUCCUGGACAGGAAUCAGGGUAAAUGUGUAGAGGGCAUGGUGGAGAUCUUUGACAUGUUGCUGGCUACUUCGACCCGGUUCCGUAUGAUGAAUCUACAGGGAGAGGAGUUUGUGUGCCUCAAAUCCAUCAUUUUGCUUAAUUCUGGAAUAUACACGUUUCUGUCCAGUACCCUGAAGUCUCUGGAAGAAAAGGACCAUAUCCACCGGGUCCUUGACAAGAUCACAGACACCUUGAUCCACCUGAUGGCCAAGGCCGGCCUGACCCUGCAGCAGCAGCACCGACGCCUGGCCCAGCUCCUCCUCAUCCUCUCCCACAUCCGGCACAUGAGUAACAAGGGCAUGGAGCAUCUGUACAACAUGAAGUGCAAGAACGUGGUGCCCCUGUACGACCUGCUGCUGGAGAUGCUGGAUGCCCACCGCCUGCACGCCCCAGCCAACCGUGGGGGCGUGCCCCCAGAGGAGCCUAGCCAGAGCCUGCUGGCCACCACCGGCUCCACUUCAGCACAUUCCUUGCAGACAUACUAUAUCCCCCAGGAGGCAGAGGGUUUCCCCAACACAAUGUGAAAACUCCCAGCCUCCCCCAGAGCUCUGAGAGUCCCUGCAGCAUUUACCCCAGUCAUGCAUCACUUAGCGGUUUCUGUCUCCUGCGCUCACUAGGCACGCAUCCAAUACCAGUGGCUUUCUAGUACGAGUGGCCGUUCAUUUGCUUGCUCAGUUCUUAGUGACACAUCUUCUGUUGGGAACAGCCAAAGGGAUUCCAAGGCUAAAUCUUGGUAACAGCACUCUUUCCCCCUUUGCUACCUUAUAAAAAUGAGGAUUCCCAUAGCCCUUCGCGACUGAACUCAGCCUUUGAGAUGACUGUGCAUUGAAACUACUUGUUGAGGCCCAGGCCCGGGAGUGGCCAUUUCACCUCUGAUAAGCACUUUGUGAUGGCUCCAAGAAUAAGCCUCAGGAAAGAAUUGAUAGUGGCUCCUGUACCUUUUGAUGUGGAGAAAGCUAGCUCAAGGGUUCCUUAUAGCACCCUCUUGGAUUCCUAUAGUCACGUGUCACUUUGUCAAGGUGAUACCUUUAUCAUUUUGUUCUGUUGCCUGGCUAUAGCAUUAUAUUUAGUGAUUGUCUAUUCAUUUCACCUAUAGGAAUACAAGACACACACAGGGAAGGAAGACCCCCUGAUUGUCCAGGUCAUGUCAACUUGCUGAUACCUCUACUGCUGUAUUUCUAGGGCACUUACAUACAGAUCAUGGGUUCUGGUUAAUUCUUGCUUCCCAAGGGCCUAUGGGAAGCCAGCAAGUCAAUUUCAGUUAAGUCACCCCCAGACAGAUCAGUCUCUCUGUAUGAGGGAUAAGUUCUAUUUUUUGUUUUAAUUUUUAUUUUAUGGAAGAAAGCCCUUUGCUCCCCAGGACUUGCGGUAAAACAGCUUUCAGGACCUGUUCUGGUGGGUCUUGUGUUUAUCAGCAGAGGGCGCUCGACCUGGAUCUUCCUGGUGUGAUUUACACUGAAUUUAACAUGUAAGGCCCAGUCAGGAUCAAGGGGAGUUUAAAUGAGCCUGCAUCCUGGGGUUUUUAAAAUUUUUUUUAGCCCUGGGGCAUGGGCGAUAUAGUAACACUGCAUGAAGCUCGUGGCUGCUAAAGAGGAAAGAAAGCAGGGGAGAAACUGGAUAAAACUGUGAGGCAAGGUCAGCCUUGCUCAGAGUGGCAUGGCCACAGGCUGCAACUUCCAGGGUGCCUCGUAGGCCCUCCACCCUGCAGUGCAUAGCAGGCAGCUCUAGGGUCCACAAGGUAGUCUGAUGCUUCUUGCUUUCUGGGUGGCCCUGACUAGAACAACGGCAGUGGGUAGCUGUGUUCCUAUAGUUGGACCAGCCUGCUCCUGGCAGGGAAGGAGGGAAGGAGGGAAGGAGGGAAUGAGGGAAGUAAUGCAGCACCGGAGGCAGGCUGUGGGGGCUGGUGAUACUACGUGUGCCCUUGGAAAGAAACUAGCCUCCCCCCAUCUCAUGUCCUAAAACUUCAUAAGCCAGGAGGAAACCAGCACUGAGGCCUUUGCUUCUUUAAUGCAGUUAUGGGUUAUUUCUUUUUUUUUUUUUAAACUAGUAAGUAAGUUUGAUUUCCUUCCCUGACUUCAUGGUCUAUAAUUCGAACCCCAUUGAGAAGUGACAUGUUUGCCAAUACCCCUGGAGAGCUGCUAGGCUUCUCUUGGUAUGUCCUGUUUGGAAAAGCAAGUUUGAUUAAUUAUUUCUGGUUGCCCAGUUAAGUUUCUACCAAAGGACUGGGAAACUGGGAGGGCCAAGAAAAAAAAAAAA